AUGUUGUCUCACCUUGAUCUUGGCCACGAGACUGUUGUUCACAAUCUGCCAAUUGACCAUAUUAUUGACGCAACUCCUACCAUCAUUCAAGCAGUCACGCUGAUAACUCUUGUUGUUUACUCGUUCUGCGUUCGCAAGGCCGCUUACCUGAGCACAAAACGUGUGCGACUCUACGGACAUAUGCCGACUCAACCCGCAACUAUCCCAAGAUAUUCAACCUGCAAACACCGCAGUUUUCACUCCGAGUAUCGCAAAUAA